AUGAGAAAUAGUCAUGUAGAAGAAUCAUCAGAAUUUCGACAGUGUCGGGAGUACAUGCUGAAAUAUUCACUCACCCUGGCCCUGGAAGAAGAUGUCCACUCCCCAGUCCCUAGAGCCUUUGGAUAUGUUACUUUAAGUGUCAAAAGAGCCUUCAGGAAGGGAGCAAUUGAGUUUUUGAAAGUAGAAUUUCAGAGAGAGAGUUACUGUCUGGAGUCCCUCUCUGAAGAGGUGAAUCAUGAAGAAGAAACAAAAAAGGAAACAUCUGGAAAGCCCAUCGUCCCUCCCAAAUGCCAAAAAGUCAAGAGGUAUGUGUUAAGCAUAUUCCCUGAGAAUAAGGAGCUUUCAAAUAGAUGCUGGGUGAUCCACAUCUUAGCUGGAAAAGUGAAACGUGUGGAGGGACAUAGAGGAGGUGUUUAUGAUUCUGUCUGGAAGUGGCACAUGUCAAUUCCACUCAUUGUUCAGUUCAGAAAACUUAACCAUGUGGUCAGAAUUGCUACAAGUGUUGUCAAUAAAUGCAAUCUAGUAGUAUGUCCAGGUAGAAAGGAGAUAGCUUGCACUUACUGUUCUAUUUACAAAGAGCACGGCUUAUACAAAGCCAGCUACUCCUGAUAUAAACACAAUAAAUGAACCAUAUCAGGCCAUGAAAAUGGAGGCCAUGUGUAUUCACUAAACAUCUCACGUUGUGGACUCUUCUUGUUUGCUUUAUGUGUGGAUAAGCACACAAACACUUAACGUGGACCACAUCUCUCUUAUUUUUAUGUAAUUGAAU